GUCGUCGUCGGCGGCGGCGUCAUCGGACUGACGGUCGCGCUGACGCUGGCGGAGCGCGGGAUGGACGUGCGCGUCGUCGCGGCGUCGUUCGAGCGGACGACGUCGAGCGUCGCGGCGGCGUUUUGGUUCCCGUUCAUCGUGCGCACGGAACCCGCGGCGCUGAGCGACGCGUGGGCGAUUAAAUCGUACGAGUGGUAUCGCGAGCUCGCGCGCGAGGACGGGGCGUGCGGGGUGGAGAUGCGACGAUGUCGAGAAUUUUUAAAGGCGCCGGCGCCGGCGGCGGGAUGGGCGAACGCGGUGGAGCACUACCGCGCGCUCGAACGGGGAGAGCACGACGAGAAAUACGCGGGUGGAUACGAGUUCGACGUGCCCGUGAUCGCGAUGCCUAAAUUCUUGCCUUGGCUCAGGACGCGAUGCGAAGCGCUGGGGGUGAAAUUUGAGACGCGGACGCUCGCAGACGUGCGGGAGGCGAGAGCGUUCGCGUCGAAUAGCGAGCGAGCGUUCGUGGUCAAUUGCACGGGUCUCGGCGCGAGGCGCCUGGUGAACGACGAUCUCGUCAAGCCGGUGCGAGGACAAGUCGUGUACCUGAAGCAAGAUUGCGGCUACGGAUUAUUCGACGACGAUCCCAACGCUCUCGCGUAUUUGAUCCCGCGAGCCGACUGCACGGUUCUCGGCGGAACGGCGCAAGUCGACAACGAUUCACUCGAGCCAGACGACGCAGAUGAGCGAGAUAUCAUCGCGAAGUGUAAACGGCUGUGGCCUGAGCUCGAUGAAACGAAAGUCAUCGGCACAAACGUCGGUCUGCGCCCCUCGCGAACCGUAGUUCGAUGCGAACGAGACCCGGCGGACGCGACGCUCAUCCACGCCUACGGUCACGGCGGCGCGGGCGUGACGCUGUGUCGAGGCACCGCGCUGGAAGUGUUAGCGCUC